GGAGGACGGCCGGCCGCGGCUCCCCAGGUCGCGCGGCCCUGGGGGUGUAUCCCGGGAGCCCCGACGUGCACGCGAGCGAGCGAGCGGGAGGCGGGCUGCGGUGCGCCCUGCCCCUGCGCUAGGGGUGAAAGCCGAGCUCGCCUUCUCGAGUUCCUGCGCGCCCCGGAAACACGAGGCGCAGGCCUCGGCUUCACGCCCGGAUCCGCGUGGGGUCCUCCGACCGGGAGCGGGUUCUUGACUGGCUUCCCGAGGCGAACGAGCGCCUGCCAGGUCCCGGGAGUUGGGUAUUUAAGAGAUUAUGGCAUCUGAAGCCCACAAUGUUAAAAAACGAACCUUUUGUAAUAAUAUUGAGGAUCACUCCACUGAUCUUCCUAGAAAAAGGAUCUCUAAUUUUACUAAUAAGAACAUGAAGGAGAUUAAGAAAUCUCCAAAACAGUUGGCUGCUUACAAAAAUAGAACAGUUGGACAAGCUGUGAAAAGCCCAGAUAAACUACGCAAGGUGAUCUAUCGCAGAAAGAAAGUGCAUCAUCCUUUUCCAAAUCCUUGUUACAGAAAAAAACAGUCCCCUAGAAGUGGGGGCUGUGACAUGGCAAAUAAAGAAAAUGAACUAGCUUGUGCAGGCCACCUGCCUGAAAAAUUACGCCACGAUAGUCGAACAUAUUUGGUUAACUCCAGUGAUGCUGGUUCUUCACAGACAGAAAGCCCAUCAUCAAAAUAUAGUGGUUUUUUUUCUGAGGUUUCUCAGGAUCAUGAAACAAUGGCACAGGUUUUGUUCAGCAGGAAUUUGAGAUUGAAUGUAGCUUUAACAUUCUGGAGAAAGAGAAGUAUAAGUGAACUUGUAGCUUAUUUGGUGAGGAUAGAAGACCUUGGAGUUGUUGUGGAUUGCCUUCCUGUGCUCACCAAUAGUUUACAGGAAGAAAAACAAUACAUCUCACUUGGCUGCUGUGUAGAUUUGUUGCCUCUAGUAAAGUCCCUACUUAAGAGCAGAUUUGAAGAAUAUAUAAUAGUUGGCUUAAACUGGCUUCAAGCAGUCAUAAAAAGGUGGUGGUCAGAACUAUCAUCCAAAACAGAAAUUAUAAAUGAUGGAAAUAUUCAGAUUUUAAAACAACAAUUAAGUGGAUUAUGGGAACAGGAAAACCAUCUUACUUUGGUUCCAGGAUACACUGGUAAUAUAGCCAAGGAUGUAGACGCUUAUUUAUUACAGUUGCAUUGAGAGAAUCCGUCUAUUAAAGAGCAUUUGAUUAUUCAAAACAUCCCUAGACUGAGCUUUCCAAAAAGAAUUUUCAUCUGAGAACUGUGAACUGUGGAAGAAAUAAAAACUUUUUUUUUUCUUUAAAAAGCCGCAUAUGAAACCACUAAUGAAAACCUAACAAUCUACUUCACAUUGAAGUGGGAAAAUAUCCAAAAGGAGCAGCUUCAACUUCAGUGAGGUGAAAGUGCACUAUGAGGAUGGUUCACCUUUGCUGCAUUUGGGAUUUAUAUGAUUAUUUGGUAACAUUGUUUAAGAACUACUGGGUCUUAAAAAAAAAAAAAAAGAACUACUGGGUCUUAAUGCAAUCUUGUUUAAGAAUAUAAUUUAUACUGUGUCAAAAAGAAGACAGGACUUAAAAAAAAAAAGAAGACAGGACUUAUUACUAGAAAUCACAAAGACCUAUCAUAAUGACUUUUUGAAGAUUGUGUUUUAUAAGAAAACACUUAAAUGUGUGCAGCUAUUUUCUUAUUUUGAAAAGACUUUGCAAGUUUAAAUGUCAUAGCAAAUAAUCAAUACUAAAAAUUUGUCCACACUGAGACACUGUGUAUACAAAAAGCCUUAAUUAUUAAUAAGCCAAUGUGUACCAGUAUCUGUUUAAAAAAAUUAAAACCAGCCAUGCUUCUGGCAUGAUAAAAUCAUGGAAUCAAAUCAAGGGUUUCCAUUCAUGUAGAACAUUGUUGUUAAAACUUAUUCCAUACCAUUUUUAAAACUUGAGAAUAUUUUUAGUAUCUUUGAUUUUUUUUGUCAGAAUCAUUGUCAUGUAUGUAUGUGUUAUUCCUAUAUAAAAAGAAAAAAGUGAAUAUGUAUUUGUGUGAAUGCUAACUGGAAAUGUCCAUGGAAUUGGCUAAUUUAUAUUCACUUUUUAUUGUAUAUAGAUUUCUAAUAUUUUCAGUUCUGUAUCAUUUAAGCUUUCCUCAUUUGAGUAAAUUCACUAAAUAUUUCUAA